AGUCUUCUCUUCUUUUAUUGGUGAAAAAAAAAGUUAAGAGUUGAGUAGGACACCAGCCAAAAAUUGCAAACACACACACACACUCUUCAUCAUUGCCUAUACACUUCAAAAAAACACCAUCAAAAUUCCAUUUUUUUUCAAUCCGCCAUGUGAUUCUUCAACAACCAUUUGUUAUUUGAUUGUUCAGAACCUUUUUCUUGAUCAUCAAUGGCUGAAACUAAUUCCCAAAACUACCCUUCUAUCCCUUCAAAUUACAUCUCCAUAGCCCAACUCCAAGAAAGAUGGCUAAAAGAGAAAGAAAAGAAGCAACAAGAAAAAGAAAAACAAGAAAAGGAAAAUCAAGAAAAGAAACAAUUGAAAACCCCAUUUCAUCAAAAUCAUCAAAGACAUCAAAAUCAUCAAAGACAUCAAAAUCAUAGUAUAAAAAGUUGGCGUGAGGUGGGUUUGAUUUCUAAAGAACCCAAGUUAAAGGAAGUGGAAAUCACUAGUAGAGUGGUUAAAGAAGGUGAAAAAAACAAGAAAAAGGGCUAUUUUGUAAAUAGGAAACCUAGGUUUGAAAGAGAUGGAAAAGAAGAUAUGGCUAACGUUUCAACUUUAGAUGUGGCAGAGAAAGAAAUCAUGACUAUGGUGAGUGUGGAAAACAGUGAAAAAGAAUUAUCUAAGGGGAAAUGUAAGUGGAAUAGUGAGAAUAAGGAGGAUCAAGAAGUGGCUUAUGUAUGCAGGGUGGAGGUGGUAGGAGAAAGCAGUGUAGGUAGGGAAAUCGCGGGGCAGAAAUGUAAAGUUGGGUUUAAGGGAAUGAAGAAUAGCAAUGUGGAGCAAUCACGAAAAGAACGUAGUGCAGAAGAGGACGAGGUUUUAGUUGAUGUGAAAGAAAGAACUAAUGAGAAGGAGAGAAUGGGAGGUGCAUUUCGUGACGAGGUUUUAGUUGAUGUGAAAGCAAGAACUAAUGAGAAGGAGAGAAUGGGAGGUGCAUUUAGUGACGAGGUUUUAGUUGAUGUGAAAGAAAGAACUAAUGAGAAGGAGAGAAUGAGAGGUGCAUUUCGUGCAUACGGAGAUAAGGAGGUCGAGGUUGUAGGAGAAAGCAAUGGAGGUAGGGAAAUCGGAGGAGAGAAAUGUAGAGUUGGGUUUAAGGGAAAGAAAAAUGGCGGGAGAAAGUGGGGUGAUAGGGUUGAAGAAGAAAGCGAUAAGGUAGACAGUGCGGAACUAUCAGGAAAAGAACGUAUUGUAGAGAAGGAGGAGGUUUUGGUUGAUGUGAAAAGAAGAACUAAUGGGAAGGCGAGAAUGAGAGGCGGAUUUCGUGCAUACGGUUAUAAGGAGGUCAAAGAAGUGGCUACUGUUUGUAAAAUGGAGGUGGUAGAAGAAAACAAUGUAGAUAGGGAAAUUGCAGGGCAGAAAUGUCGAGUUGGGUUUAGGGGAAAGAAGAAUAGCGUGAGAAAGAUGGGUGAUAGGGUUGGAGAAGCGAGCGAUAUAGCAGAUAGUUUGGAGCAAUCAGGACAAGAAAAUAAUGCAGAGAAGGAGGAGGUUUCAGUUGGUGUGAAAGAAAAAACUAACGAGAAGGCGAGAAUAAGAGGUGCAUUUCGUGCAUAUGGAGAUAAGGAGGUCGAGGCUAUAGGAGAAAGCAAUGUAGAUAGGGAACUCGGAGGGAAGAGAUUUAAAGUUGGGUUUAGGGAGAAGAAAAAUGGCGGGAGAAUGAUGGUUGAUAGGGUUGGAGAAGUAGACACUGUGGAGCAAUCAGGACAAAAACAUAGUACAGAAAAGGAGAAGGUUUUAGUUGAUGUGAAAGAAAGAACUAAUGAGAAGACGAGAAUGAGAGGCGCAUUUUGUGCAUGCGGUGAUAAGGAGGUCGAAGAAGUGCCUACUAUUUGCACGGUGGAGGUUGUAGAAGAAAACAAGGUAGAUAGGGGAAUUGCGGGGCAGAAAUGUAGAGUUGGGUUUAGAAGAAUUAAAAAUAGCGGGAGAAAGAUGGGUGAUAGGGUUGGAGAAGUAAGCGAUAAAGUAGACGGUGUGGAGCAAUCAGGACAAGAACAUAAUGCAGAGAAGGAGGAGGUUUCAGUUGAUAUGAAAGAAAGAACUAAUGAGAAGGUGAGAAUGAGAGGUGCAUUUCGUGCAUACGGUGAUAAGGGGGUCGAAGAAGUGGCUAUGGUUUGCACGAUGGAGGUUGUAGGAGAAAACGAGGUAGAUAGGGAAAAUGGAGGGCAGAAAUGUAGAGUUGGGUUUAAGGAUAAAAAAAGUAGCUGGAGAAAGGUGGAUGAUAAGGUUGGAGAAGUAAGCGAUAAGAUAGAGAGUCUGGAGCAAUCGGGAAAACAGCAUAAUGCAGAGAAAGAUGUACCUUUGAUAGAUUCAGAAGCUGGUUUGAAGAUGAAGAUUGAGAGAGAUCUUGGGGAUUUGUCAUUGAUUGAUAAGAGUUAUGGUCAAUGGAGGUCGCAUGUCAGCGCGUAUGGUGACAAGUGGAGAUAUGGGACUUCCAAAAGGUAUGAACAGCGAAGAACGUUGAAGCAGAAGGAUAAUAGCUUUGUAUGGGUUAAAAAGGGGGAGUCUUCAAAUGGUUGAUUUUUCAAGCCAAAUCACAAGUCGAAUUAAGCUGUGCUCUCAGUGAAUCAAGUCAGUUUCGUUACAGAAGCGGCUUCUUAUUCAUUGCUUUGACCAAUUCAACUUCAUUCUCACAGGGAAUACAAACAACUCUACAUGUAAAUUUGCCAGCAGUUGUUUCUCCCAUAGUCUUCUUUCUCGUAUUUCUCGUAUAAAAGACUGGUAUUUCUCCUCCCCCUUUGACCCUCUUGCAGCUUCAUAUUAAACUGUAAAUGAAAAUGAUGUCAAGUCUUUUGAACAUAUUAAUCAUGGAGUAUGCAUUUUGUGAAUGUCAA